AUGGAUCGCGACGCUCGUAUGGAAGAUGAAAAGCGGGCGAACCAGUCUCAGACGGGGUCAGAGAACAGCCUCGAGAGUGAACGGAAACCGUACGAGUUCAACGAACAAACAAACUACGUUCCAACGUCCACGAUCAUAACGAUAUUUCUUGCUUGCUCUGCUGUCGACUUUCUGGCACUUAUCGACCAGACCACCCUGGCAGCCAGUUUGACGAUUGUGAGCAACGCCUUGAAUGCAGGAGAUGAGCAGGCAUGGAUUGCAAGCGCCUACUUCGUUACCUCAACUUGCUUCCAAUUACUCUACGGAAUGCUGAGUGAUGUGCUCGCACGAAAGUUCGUCUUACUGAUCGGACUCGGAAUCUUCUUCAUCGGGUCGUUGGGAGCAUCUUUGUCUCAGACAUCAAUCCAGUUGAUCGUCUUUAGAGCUCUCACGGGAGUUGCGGGCGGUGGCCUGGUCACCGUUGCUCAGAUGAUUGUCUCUGACAUCGUACCUCUGAGAGAAAGAGGAAAGUAUCAGGGCAUUCUUGGUGCAGUAGUCGCGCUUGCUCAUGCCAUCGGUCCCCUUGUUGGCGGUGCACUCGCUGCGUCUGACCCGUCAGGCUGGCGUUGGAUUUUCAGAAUGAACAUGCCUCUUACAGUGUUGACAACUUGCUGUGCAAUCUGGCUGAUGCCAUUGAAGAAAGUGGAGGGCGAUUGGAAACUCAAGCUGAAAGCAAUCGACUGGAUUGGUGCCCUUCUCUCUCUUGGCGGCACGACUGUGCUUGUCCUGGGUCUCACAUGGGGAGGAGCUCAGAAGCCCUGGAAUUCAGCUGCUGUAAUUGCUUCCAUCGUGGUCGGCUUCUUCGUUUCCGUUGCGUUCGUACUUUGGCAGUGGAAAGGAACAAAACACCCUCUUGUGCCUCUGCACAUAUUCAAGUCUAAGAUUGUGAACGGGGCUUGUCUUACCAUGGCUGUUAAUGGAUGGAACUUCCUCGUCCAAGUGUACUACAUCCCUUCCUUUUACCAGCUGGUCUACGACUACUCGGCUGUAAAGUCAGCAUCCUUACUUCUGCCCAUCACCCUGAUGCAGACUGCGGCCAGCACACUCUCCGGGCUUGUCGUACACUGGACUGGCCGCUACAGAGAAGCCAUACUCUUCGGGUGGGCUUGCUGGGCAAUUGGCCUUGGUCUUUUCUCGACUCUGUCCGGUCACUCAGACCUUGGCAAGCAAGUCGGCUAUGCUUUGCUGACGGGUGUUGGUGUUGGCUGUACGUUGCAGCCGGCACUAGUUGCUAUCCAGGCGGGUGUGGAGAGACGGCAGAUGGCUGUUGUCACUUCCUUUCGAAACUUCGCCAGAAACUUCGGUGGCACAAUCGGCCUCGCAGUUGCAGGGACUAUCCUAAACAACCUCGUCAGAAACUCAGUCACCUCUCUCAACAUCGAUCCCAACGACACAGCAAUAAUCUUAAAAUCUCCAGAAGCAUACUUCUCUAGCCAUUCAGGGGCCGAGGCGGAUCGGAUCCAACAAGCAAUCAUUCCAGCUUACCGUAAGGGUUUUCGAAUCAUAUUCCUUAUUGGUGCUGCGUUGGCCGCGGUAGCUUUCGUCGUUGCCUUCUUCCUCAUGCCACAGAUCGAGCUGGAUAGGGCUGAUGACCAGAAGCUUAAGGAGGAGGGAAAGCGCUGGAAGGAGGAUAAUAAGGCGUAG